CUUUUCCCCUCAUAUUUCUCUACUUGACCCGGUUCUCAUAGUAUCUAUUGUACACGUGUUACCCUGUGUAUUAUUAUGGACACCUUUUCAUACCUUUGUUCUUUUCUAAUGUUACUGUGUUUUCCUAUGCAACGAAUCUGAUAUCCUAGACAUCCCUGCUAUUCUGACCUUGUAGGAGUACCGUAUUAUACGAAAACAUCUUGCCUGGCAACUGUACUGCCUCCUAUGCGGUGCACAGACGUUGUCUCAGGUCAUGCAUAUCCCUGUCUGACCAAUCACUAACGUCCAUACCCGAGUACUCGAGUACCGGUACCGGUAAAUAUGGUAGUGAGUUACAACUGACGGGCACCUUGACUGUGGCAUUGCUGGCGGUACCGGUGAAGCAAGGGCAAUUAGCCUUGGAUGGGAUAGACAUAUGAUGAGGUGGGGAACUUUGCCUGGUACAAGGGAUGCUACAGAUCAGCAUUUAAUGUCACCUACCGGUACAGUACCACUGGCGGUUGGGGGCUCUUCCAACAGGAGUUUAUAAACCGGCCUACCCCACCACAAGAAGCUCUCACUCCGCAUCUCGAAAAUUAUUAAAAAAAAUCAACAACUUAGAUACGACAAAAGAGACUCACAACAACAUGGAUUACCCUUCACUCUCCCUGUACAAGGCUGGCCUUCUCAGCGCCGGCUUUUCCAAGAUGGAGAAGGCCUGGGUCUACACCCGCCUCAUUCAGAUGUUUCUUUCCGGGCUUCUCGUGAUCAAGACACUUAUACAUUUCAUGAGCGGCCGGCCUACGGAUGUUUACCCUGUCAUCAUCACGGUACGCACCGUACCCGCAUCUCCUUUUCAAGAACCUGCAGCUGACUCUGAUAGAAUGGUGUUAUCCUGAUCUACGUUAUCCUCUCGCUGUGGCUUCACCGGAGACGGAAGUUGGUCAGUCGGUUUGAUUUCUGGUCUAUCAACGGGCACAUGGACGUCGGUGGGAUGGUAGGGUACAUCAUCACGACAUGCGCGUGUAAUCUUAGCGCUUGGCUCAGACGCGGGCUGUGCGACUACCGCUCGGCGUACUGCCCCAACCGGGGUUUCCAUAUCGUCUGGAUGUCAUUCUCGUGGUUAGUGCCAUCGCGAGGAUAAUGAUUCAACUUAACAUUAAGGCUAAAUAAAUUCAUAGUGUUGCGUUCGCCUUAUCUGCCAUUCUCUGCUUCUACCUCCACUUUUGCGGUGGUGAGGGCCGCAUCGCUCUCCCGGCCAAUGAGGACCCCCCAUCCUACCAGCCCGUCAGAAACUCGUCCAUCGCGGCUUUGGCCAUCGCCGUGCCGGGAACCCGAUCCAUGAAUCCGGACACGGUGAUUCAGGGAGCGGUCGACUACAUCGACAGACUACACCGAGACGCCAGAGCACGUGAGGCCGCCGGCGCUCCAGAGCCCGAAGGGACUUCAGGGGAAUCGAGCAGCGCUAGCGCUGCUGUUCCGGUCCCGGACCUUUCAGCGCAGUUGAGUGCUAUGGCGGCUAGGAUUGAAGCUAUGGAAAGGUCGAACGAUAGUAAAGAGUAGAGAACACAUGCUCUGGGGGGUGUGGAUGAGAGGACGGAUAUUCACUAUUGAACGCACCAUACAAUCAGAAUCCUCCUCAUUCCAUCGCACCCCCGCCGGAUUCUUCUUUGGCGCGCAUGGCGGGCGGAUUCUCACUGCUUUUUUGUUUGUUUGUUGUGUUGGCUAUAUCUAUUUACUUCAUAUUCAUACACUCAUUGAAUUUG